AAGUAUCUGAAAUUACGUUCAAACGCGCUCAGAUACUCUAUACUACUCGUUCGGAGAGGACGCGUUCCGCGGUUCGUUUCGUUUUUGAUUUGUUUUAAAAACGACAGGGAAGCAGCGCGAACGCGAUUUCGCAUUAUUUACCAGAGAAGCGACUAAUAGUGAACGUACGCGGGAAUAUAUCAACUUACAACAUUGCAACAUUUUUGCCGUCGAUUUUGGUUCGCUGCCAUUCGAACGCCAGCAGCCGUCGCGCAACAAAACAAAACACGACUCGAAUUAAAACAAUUGCCUCAGAGUCCGUCUCCGCCAUCGUCUUCGCCUCCGCGCCGCGUCUCUGCACCGCGAGUGUUCCGGCAGGGAGCCCAGAGUGUGCAACUUCUUCAAGCCAAGUCCUGGACUGGACUGGGCCAGUGGCUCCGUAAUAUAGUGAUUGUGAUUGUACUCGCAUUAGCCACCCACAGAAUGCAAGUGGCACGCUGAGGCGACAGCACGGGUUGUGUGAAAGUGCAGUGAAAGAAAGUGUUGAGAAUCGAAACGAAUUGCCAAGAACAGGGCAGCAGACGAGACCGCAUCCGGUGCGCCCCACUCUUCUUCCUACUCCCACGCGGAGUCCUCUGUCGCCUCUUCUGUUUCCGCCUGUCGCUGUCCGGCUGUCUGGCCCGCAAAAGCCGCCAAAAUUAAGUUCUCAAAGCAGCACUCCCACCACGCAUACCGCCACACGGACAACAUCUACGACGGUGGCACGGACACCGACGACGACGAAUGUCCCCUGGAGGCGACUGCCAUGAAUACCUACGAGUAUGAGUCCACGCUCGACUGCCGCGACGCUGGCGGCGGCCACGGCCACGGCCACGUCCAGGGACACGGACAUGGGCACGGCGGCGUCGGCGUCGGUCCGGGAACCCUGCCCAUGAGCGGGCGCCCCUCCGCCGCUUCUGCUAGCAACAGCGUCCACAGCAGCCAAACGCUGCAGCACCAAAACCAACAGAACCUACAGGCUGCCCAGGCAGCCGCUCAGUCCUCGCACUACGAUUACGAGUACCAGCAUUUGCCGCACCGUCCGCCGGACACGGCCAACAACACGGCGCAGCGGACCCACGGAAGACAAGGCUUCCUCCUGGAAGGAGUCACACCCACGGCCCCACCGGAUGUUCCGCCCCGUAACCCCACAAUGAGUCGCUUGCAAAAUGGCCGCUUAACCGUUAACAAUCCAAAUGACGUCGACUUCGAGCCUUCCUGCUUGGUGCGAACGCCGUCCGGCAACGUUUACAUUCCUAGUGGAAAUUUAAACAUUAACAAGGGCUCACCCAUCGACUUCAAAAGCGGAUCGGCCUGCUCCACGCCCACUAAGGAGACGCUUAAGGGCGGCUACGACCGCGGCACACAGGGCUGCAUGGGACCCGUGCUGCCACCGCGCAGCGUCAUGAACGGACUCCCAUCUCACCACUACUCGGCGCCCAUGAACUUCCGCAAGGACCUGGCCGCGCGCUGCUCCUCGCCUUGGGUGGGCGUCGCCGCGAUCUCGGCCCUUGUCCUGGUCGUGCUCAUGCUGAUUCUGCUGACCACCUUCGGAGGCCUGCACUGGACCCAGUCAGCGCCCUGCACUGUUUUAGUGGGUAAUGAGGCCUCCGAGGUAACGGCCGCCAAGAGCACGAACACGGACCUCUCCAAACUGCACAACUCCGCAACACGAUCGAAGAAUGGACAAGCCAUCGGACCCGUUCCAGGACAAUACGGAUCUGGAGGCGGGAUGGGAUCCUCGACUGCCACGGUCACGGCGGCCACCUCGAACAGCGGCACCGCCCAGGGCCUGCAGUCGACUUCCGCCUCGGCGGAGGCCUCGUCCUCGGCCGCCACCACCUCGUCGCAAUCCUCGCUGACGCCUUCGACGUCGCUGUCCUCGUCCCUGGCGAAUGCCAAUAAUGGAGGAAGAGACAUUUUAACGCGGAUGGCGGCCGAUGGGGCAGGCAAGAACAAACGACGAAAUCGGCGAAGUAUGGACGUGGCGGAGAAUGGAGGCGAUGUAGCCACCGAUGAAACUUUCAGCAACUUCAUUACAAUCGAAAGCCUAAACAGGGAACAGACCGGCGAGUAUUUUGCGACGACUCCGGCAAGGAAGCUGCAAGAAGUCGAACGGAGUAGUUCCGAUAGAACUUCCUUCGGAAUAAACGGUGUAUUGAGUCCACAGGGGGAUGAAGAAGUCGAGGAUAUAACCAGCGACUAUGUCUAUGAAGACGAACCUGUGCCAGACACGUCUCCAGCCACGCAAAGACCCAGGACCAGGCAACAAUUUGGCAAAUCAUUAAACAGCAAUUUACGUAGCGCAGCUAAAACAUUGGUCAACAAGAAGACAAAAUAUGAAGGAGAGGCGGGGAAGAACAUUAGGCUGGAGCAAGAGCAGAAGCUGGAGGCUUUCAUUGAGGCUGGGAUGACAUUGGAGUCGACAACGACAACGGCAACGAGGGCGACUACGACGACGGAGUCGGGGACCAGCACAUUUGUUGCUGUUAUUGAUGACGAUAAUCAAAGUGACAGCAGCAGCUCAGGCGCAGUGCCGCCGGUUCUGACGGUUCUGAGGAGUGACACCGAUGACAUUGUUGAAAUCAACACCGCCCUGCCAGAGCCGACAGAAGGCUCUAUUCUCGCCCCUUUCCCCCGGUCUAGCAUGGCAAAUGAUUUUCAAAUCAAAGGAAAAGCGGUUUCAGAGUCAGGGCAGGAGAAACCUGCCACUGAUGAUAACAAUAAUGAGCGUGAUUUAGCUGACAACUAUGAGUUAAAGCCCGAGGAGCCGGCUGCAUCUGCCACCCCCCUCCAAGGUAAGGAAAUUCAAAAGGACGUGACACCCUCCACGCCAUUAACCGUAGAAAUAAAUAAGUCAGAAUCAGAUUUCAUGGUGAACGACAUGGCAUCCCAGUUUGAGGACAUUGAUAUCGUGAAACUUGGCGAAGCACCUAGCUCACAUGAAGAGGCGGUGUACAAGACAUCUAGUUCAAAGGACAAGGCAGUGCCCAUGGCACCAGCUCAGCCCGAAGCUAUCGAGAACGAGGUCCUCAAAGACCAGGAUGAGGCGCGCCAGGUGCCCCUCCACCUGAGGCCUCUUAAGCCCUAUGUGAGUGAGACCAUCGAUCAGCCGGGCAGGCGCAUAUUAGUGAACCUGACAAUUGCCACUGACGAUGGCCCCGACAACGUAUACACCCUGCACGUGGAGGUGCCUACGGGCGGGGGCCCUCACACCAUCAAAGAGGUGCUGACACACGAGAAGCCACCACAGCAAGCAGAUCACCAGGCAGAGAAUUGCGUGCCGGAACCACCCCCCCGCAUGCCCGACUGCCCGUGCAGCUGUCUACCACCCCCGGCACCUAUUUACCUCGAUGACAGGGGCGACAGUGGGGACAGUGGCUCUGCGCCACCAGUGGACACUGACUCUGCGCCAUUGGCAUCGACCACAAACGGUGCUUCGACAUCGCCGCCUUUGGAGACGGCAACCAUUUUAGGUGACCGCCACAGUGAAAAGGACGACCAUGGGGUUGGAAAUGGGAACUCGUCGACGGUCGAGGGGGAGUCCACUGCCUCAAGCUGCGCCACUAACACCCCGAGCACAGAGAUCGAUAACCACAUUGAUGCCUUCCAUACUGAACCCCCUGUUGGUGGUGGUGAACCCUUUGCAUGUCCCGAUGUGAUGCCAGUGCUCAUACUGGAAGGAGCCCGAACUUUCCCGGCGCGCAGUUUCCCACCCGAUGGCACCACCUUCGGACAGAUCUCCCUCGGCCAGAAGCUGACCAAGGAGAUCCAGCCGUACAGUUAUUGGAACAUGCAAUUCUAUCAGUCGGAGCCAGCCUACGUUAAGUUCGACUAUACGAUUCCGCGUGGCGCCUCGAUCGGCGUCUACGGCCGCCGCAACGCUCUGCCCACCCACACGCAGUACCACUUCAAGGAAGUGCUCAGCGGAUUCAGUGCCAGCACCCGCACGGCCCGCGCCGCACACCUGUCCAUAACGCGGGAGGUGACGCGCUACAUGGAGCCAGGACACUGGUUCAUGUCGCUUUACAACGACGACGGGGAUGUGCAGGAAUUGACCUUCUACGCGGCCGUGGCCGAGGACAUGACACAGAACUGCCCCAAUGGGUGCUCCGGCAACGGGCAGUGCCUUCUAGGCCACUGCCAGUGCAACCCGGGCUUCGGCGGACACGACUGCAGUGAAAGUGUCUGCCCGGUGCUCUGCUCCCAGCACGGCGAAUAUACCAAUGGCGAGUGCAUCUGUAACCCGGGUUGGAAGGGCAAGGAGUGUUCCCUCCGGCACGACGAGUGCGAGGUGGCCGACUGCAACGGGCACGGCCACUGUGUCAGCGGCAAGUGCCAGUGCAUGCGCGGCUACAAGGGGAAAUUCUGUGAAGAAGUCGACUGCCCUCAUCCGAACUGCUCUGGUCAUGGAUUCUGCGCCGAUGGCACCUGCAUCUGCAAGAAGGGAUGGAAAGGACCGGACUGCGCCACAAUGGACCAAGACGCCCUACAAUGCCUGCCCGACUGCUCCGGUCACGGCACAUUCGACCUGGACACCCAAACAUGCACCUGCGAGGCGAAGUGGAGUGGCGACGACUGCUCCAAGGAGCUGUGCGACCUAGACUGCGGCCAGCACGGCCGCUGUGAAGGAGAUGCCUGUGCCUGCGACCCGGAGUGGGGCGGCGAGUACUGCAACACGCGUCUGUGCGAUACCCGUUGCAACGAGCACGGACAGUGCAAGAACGGCACCUGCCUGUGCGUCACGGGGUGGAACGGAAAGCACUGCACCAUUGAGGGUUGCCCCAAUAGCUGCGCCGGGCAUGGCCAGUGCCGCGUGAGCGGUGAGGGCCAGUGGGAGUGCCGCUGCUACGAAGGAUGGGAUGGACCGGACUGCGGUAUUGCCCUGGAGCUGAACUGUGGCGACAGCAAGGACAAUGAUAAGGAUGGACUGGUUGACUGCGAGGAUCCCGAGUGCUGUGCUAGCCACGUCUGCAAGACCUCCCAGCUCUGUGUUUCCGCACCGAAGCCCAUCGACGUUCUGUUACGAAAGCAGCCUCCUGCCAUCACAGCCUCCUUCUUCGAGCGAAUGAAAUUCCUGAUCGACGAGAGUAGCCUGCAGAACUACGCCAAGCUAGAGACCUUUAAUGAGAGCAUUUUUUGGAAUUAUUUCAAUGCAAGCCGAUCGGCAGUUAUUAGAGGCCGCGUGGUCACCUCCCUCGGCAUGGGUUUGGUAGGUGUCCGAGUGUCCACAACCACCCUGCUGGAGGGCUUCACCCUCACCCGCGACGAUGGAUGGUUUGACUUGAUGGUCAACGGCGGUGGAGCCGUGACCCUUCAGUUCGGACGUGCCCCCUUCCGACCCCAGUCUCGCAUCGUCCAAGUGCCCUGGAACGAGGUGGUCAUCAUUGAUGGCGUGGUUAUGAGCAUGUCCGAGGAAAAGGGCCUGGCCACGACCACAACGCACACUUGUUUCGCACACGACUACGACCUGAUGAAGCCUGUUGUAUUGGCCUCCUGGAAGCAUGGCUUCCAGGGCGCAUGCCCCGAUCGCAGUGCCAUCCUCGCCGAGUCUCAGGUUAUCCAGGAGUCGCUUCAGAUCCCCGGCACUGGUCUUAACCUCGUCUACCACUCGUCGCGUGCCGCCGGCUACUUAUCUACAAUCAAGCUGCAGUUGACGCCAGACAACAUUCCCCCCACGUUGCACCUCAUUCACCUGCGCAUCACCAUUGAGGGCAUCUUGUUUGAGCGCGUCUUCGAGGCGGAUCCGGGGAUCAAGUUCACAUAUGCAUGGAACAGGCUGAACAUCUACCGCCAGCGCGUCUACGGCGUUACCACCGCUGUGGUGAAGGUAGGCUACCAGUACACGGAUUGCACGGACAUCGUGUGGGACAUCCAGACCACCAAGUUAAGUGGCCACGACAUGUCCAUCUCGGAGGUGGGAGGUUGGAAUCUGGACAUCCACCACCGCUACAACUUCCACGAAGGCAUUCUGCAGAAGGGAGACGGCUCGAAUAUCUACCUACGAAACAAGCCCCGCAUCAUCCUGACAACUAUGGGCGAUGGACACCAGAGACCUCUCGAAUGCCCCGACUGCGAUGGCCUGGCUACAAAGCAGCGCCUCCUAGCCCCAGUGGCUCUGGCCGCCGCUCCCGACGGCAGCCUCUUUGUAGGUGACUUCAACUACAUUCGCCGCAUCAUGAGCGACGGCAGCAUUCGCACUGUAGUGAAACUGAACGCCACUCGUGUCUCCUACCGCUACCACAUGGCACUCAGUCCCCUCGAUGGAACCCUUUACGUAUCAGACCCUGAGUCCCACCAAAUCAUUCGGGUACGCGAUACCAAUAACUACUCGCAGCCGGAACUUAACUGGGAGGCGGUGGUUGGUUCAGGGGAGCGGUGUCUGCCCGGUGACGAGGCGCACUGCGGAGACGGGGCGCUAGCCAAAGACGCAAAGCUGGCUUACCCGAAAGGUAUUGCCAUCUCGAGCGACAACAUCCUCUACUUUGCGGACGGAACCAACAUCCGGAUGGUGGACAGAGACGGCAUCGUAAGCACCCUUAUCGGCAACCACAUGCAUAAAUCGCACUGGAAGCCCAUACCCUGUGAGGGCACUCUCAAGCUAGAGGAGAUGCACCUGCGCUGGCCCACAGAAUUGGCCGUUUCGCCAAUGGACAAUACCCUGCAUAUAAUCGACGACCACAUGAUUCUGCGCAUGACUCCGGAUGGUCGCGUACGCGUCAUCUCCGGCCGGCCUUUGCACUGCGCCACCGCCUCUACAGCAUACGACACUGACCUGGCCACGCACGCCACUCUGGUGAUGCCCCAGUCGAUCGCCUUCGGACCACUGGGUGAGCUCUAUGUGGCGGAGAGUGAUUCGCAGAGGAUCAACCGAGUGCGUGUGAUCGGAACGGACGGGCGAAUCGCACCUUUCGCCGGCGCCGAGUCAAAAUGUAACUGCCUGGAGCGCGGCUGCGACUGCUUCGAGGCUGAGCACUAUCUGGCCACCAGCGCAAAGUUCAACACAAUUGCCGCUUUGUCUGUGACUCCCGACGGUCACGUGCACAUUGCGGAUCAGGCCAACUACCGCAUUCGAUCAGUGAUGUCCAGCAUCCCAGAGGCUAGUCCCUCGCGCGAGUACGAAAUCUACGCCCCCGACAUGCAGGAGAUCUAUAUCUUCAAUCGCUUUGGCCAGCACGUGUCGACGCGCAACAUUUUGACCGGCGAAACGACCUACGUAUUCACCUACAACGUGAACACCUCCAACGGUAAGCUAAGCACCGUCACCGAUGCAGCUGGCAACAAGGUCUUCCUGCUGCGCGACUACACCUCCCAGGUGAACUCCAUCGAGAACACCAAGGGUCAGAAGUGUCGACUGCGUAUGACUCGCAUGAAGAUGCUCCACGAAUUAAGCACCCCUGACAACUACAAUGUCACUUACGAGUACCACGGACCCACAGGCCUGCUAAAGACCAAACUGGACUCCACCGGACGCUCCUAUGUGUACAACUAUGACGAGUUCGGACGCCUUACCUCCGCAGUCACGCCUACCGGCCGCGUUAUUGAGCUAAGCUUCGACUUGAGCGUUAAGGGCGCCCAAGUGAAAGUUUCUGAGAACGCACAGAAGGAGCAGUCGCUCCUAAUCCAGGGCGCCACAGUCACCGUCCGGAACGGAGCCGCUGAAUCCCGCACAUCCGUCGACAUGGACGGAUCCACUACCAGCAUCACGCCGUGGGGCCACAACGUACAAAUGGAGGUGGCUCCCUACACGAUUCUGGCGGAGCAGAGCCCGUUGUUGGGCGAGAGCUACCCCGUACCAGCGAAGCAACGCACCGAAAUCGCCGGCGACCUGGCCAACAGAUUCGAGUGGCGCUACUUUGUGCGUCGCCAGCAGCCACUGCAAGCUGGCAAGCAGAGCAAGGGUGCACCUCGGCCUGUCACCGAAGUGGGUCGCAAGCUACGCGUCAACGGGGACAACGUUCUGACCUUGGAGUACGACCGCGAGACCCAGUCAGUGGUGGUGCUGGUUGAUGACAAACAGGAGCUGCUCAAUGUGACUUAUGACCGCACAUCGCGUCCGAUCAGCUUCCGUCCGCAGUCUGGUGACUAUGCGGAUGUGGACCUCGAGUACGAUCGGUUUGGCCGUCUGGUCAGCUGGAAGUGGGGUGUAUUGCAGGAGGCCUACUCCUUCGACCGCAACGGACGCCUCAACGAGAUCAAAUACGGCGACGGAUCGACCAUGGUGUAUGCUUUCAAGGACAUGUUUGGAUCGUUGCCGCUAAAAGUAACAACACCCAGGCGAUCGGACUACCUGUUACAGUACGAUGAUGCUGGAGCAUUGCAAAGCCUGACGACACCCCGAGGCCACAUUCACGCAUUUUCUCUUCAAACCUCUCUGGGCUUCUUCAAGUACCAGUACUUCUCGCCCAUUAAUCGCCAUCCAUUCGAGAUCCUGUACAACGAUGAGGGCCAGAUCCUGGCCAAGAUCCACCCACACCAAUCGGGCAAGGUGGCUUUCGUUUACGACGCGGCUGGUCGCCUGGAGACAAUUUUGGCGGGGCUAUCAAGCACCCAUUACACGUACCAGGACACUACAAGUCUAGUCAAGACCGUGGAAGUUCAAGAACCUGGCUUCGAGCUGCGCCGCGAGUUCAAGUACCACGCUGGCAUCCUGAAGGACGAAAAACUACGCUUCGGCUCGAAGAACUCGCUUGCCUCUGCCCACUAUAAGUAUGCUUAUGACGGAAACGCACGCCUUAGCGGAAUCGAAAUGGCCAUCGACGACAAGGAGCUCCCCACCACACGCUACAAAUACAGCCAGAACCUGGGACAGUUAGAGGUUGUGCAGGAUCUGAAGAUCACGCGGAACGCGUUCAACAGGACGGUGAUCCAAGACUCGGCGAAACAAUUCUUCGCCAUCGUUGACUACGACCAGCACGGUCGGGUGAAGAGUGUGCUGAUGAAUGUAAAGAACAUUGAUGUGUUCCGUCUGGAACUGGACUACGACCUGCGCAACCGCAUCAAAUCGCAGAAGACAACCUUCGGCAGGUCGACAGCCUUUGACAAGAUCAACUACAACGCCGACGGUCAUGUGGUUGAGGUCCUCGGCACCAACAACUGGAAGUACUUGUACGAUGAGAACGGUAAUACGGUUGGCGUUGUGGACCAGGGUGAAAAGUUCAACCUCGGCUAUGACAUUGGCGACCGAGUGAUCAAAGUCGGCGACGUGGAGUUCAACAACUACGACGCCCGAGGCUUCGUGGUUAGGCGCGGCGAACAGAAGUACCGAUACAACAACCGCGGACAACUCAUCCACGCGUUCGAGAGGGAACGCUUCCAGAGCUGGUAUUACUAUGACGACCGCAGCCGCCUUGUGGCAUGGCACGACAAUCAGGGCAAUACCACCCAGUACUACUACGCUAACCCACGCACUCCACACCUAGUCACCCACGCUCACUUCCCGAAACUGGCACGUACUAUGAAGUUCUUCUACGACGACCGCGACAUGCUGAUUGCUAUGGAGAACGCUGAUCAGCGGUACUAUGUUGCCACCGAUCAAAACGGCUCUCCGCUUGCCUUCUUCGACCUGAACGGCGGUAUUGCCAAGGAGCUGAAGCGCACGCCUUUUGGCCGGAUCAUUAAGGAUACCAAACCAGACUUCUUCGUGCCCAUCGACUUCCACGGCGGACUAAUCGAUCCGCACACCAAGCUGAUCUAUACGGAACAGCGCCAAUACGACCCGCACGUGGGUCAGUGGAUGACCCCGCAGUGGGAGACCCUGGCCACCGAGAUGUCGCACCCAACGGAUGUGUUUAUCUACCGCUACCACAACAACGACCCAAUCAACCCCAACCGACCCCAAAACUACAUGAUUGACCUGGACGCCUGGCUGCAACUAUUCGGCUAUGACCUGGACAACAUGCAGAGCAGACGCUAUACCAAGUUGGCCCAGUACACUCCACAGGCCUCUAUCAAGUCGAACAUGCUGGCCCCCGACUUUGGAGUGAUCUCCGGUCUGGAGUGCAUCGUGGAGAAGACGAGCGAGAAGUUUAGCGACUUUGACUUUGUGCCCAAGCCGCUGCUCAAGAUGGAACCGAAAAUGCGCAAUCUGUUGCCCCGAAUCAGUUACAGACGAGGAGUGUUUGGCGAGGGUGUAUUGCUCUCGCGGAUUGGUGGACGAGCUCUGGUCAGUGUAGUCGAUGGAUCGAACAGCGUCGUACAGGACGUUGUGAGCAGCGUUUUCAACAACUCCUACUUCCUUGACCUGCACUUUAGCAUCCACGACCAGGACGUUUUCUACUUUGUGAAGGACAACGUACUGAAACUCCGCGACGACAACGAGGAGCUGCGUCGCCUGGGUGGCAUGUUUAACAUAUCAACACACGAGGUAAGCGACCAUGGUGGCAGUGCUGCUAAGGAACUACGCCUCCAUGGACCCGAUGCCGUCGUCAUAGUCAAGUAUGGCGUAGAUCCCGAGCAGGAGCGCCAUCGAAUCCUGAAACACGCCCACAAGCGUGCCGUCGAGAGAGCCUGGGAGCUUGAGAAGCAGUUGGUAGCCGCUGGCUUCCAGGGACGCGGCGACUGGACCGAGGAGGAGAAGGAAGAGCUGGUCCAGCACGGAGAUGUUGAUGGCUGGAUAGGCAUAGACAUCCACAGCAUACACAAGUACCCCCAGUUGGCCGACGAUCCAGGCAACGUAGCCUUCCAGCGCGACGCCAAGCGCAAGCGCCGCAAGACCGGUAACAGCCACCGCAGUGCCUCCAGCCGCCGGCAGAUGAAGUUCGGAGAGCUGAGUGCGUGAGUGGAGGCAGUUGGAGCGGAUCCGAAGCAGUCGGAGUGGGAGGCAGGAGUGCAAGCUAAUCCCCAGCUUGACGAGAUUGAAGUGGCGGACGAGGACGACGGCGAACAGCCCGACUACCUAAUUUCCGUGGGCCGGAAGGAGCCAAAGGACAGCAGCGAAACUCUGGAGGAGCAGAUUUUGUAAUUAGGUGAAAUGCGCAUCAGCAGCAACCACAACAACAGCACAACACGGCGACACACAAACACACAAAACAUUUAAAAAAAAGGCAUUCAACACACAAUUAAUAUAAACUUUAAUCGUGAAGUUUAGUAUUAGUCACAGUUCAGCCCUUGAAUAACCGAAGAAACUUCUUAUAUGUACCAGGAACAGGAAUAUGUAUGUUGGUGUUGAGUUAGGCAUGUAGGAAUAUGUGUAGUCCAUGUGUGUAAUUUGUAACGUCUGUUUAUGUUUUUUUUAACCUUGGACAACCGGCUCUCACCUCUCGGUGUUGGCCGGGCCGACGGAGUUAGUUUUGUAUAGAGUCAGCGAACUAAACCGAACCCAGCGACAUUGUCUGUUUGGGGCAUGGAGUUUGUCCAAAUGCCCUCGGCAUCACGAUGUCGAACGAUGAGUAUUACACAGCAAAAUAUGCAUACGAUAAGUCAGAUGUUAAUCUACAAGUUGAAUAAAUGUAAAAAGAUCAAAGUUCUCUGUAGUUGCCCCUAGUCCCUAGUCCUAGACCCAGCCUUGUCCGACAUAGCACCUCUCGGAAGGCGACGGCAAGUAACACGCUGCUUCCCCCCGAAAUUGCUUUUUGUAUAUAAGAAAACUACUUUACUAUGCUUUAACUAAAGAAUCUGCGAGCGUUUACCCUUUUAUCGAAGUCCUUUUUCGAAUCAGGUGUCCGAACCGAGUGCUCGAAUAUACAUUACUCCCACUCACGCAUUAUUUGGAUAGCCAAGAAUCAAAACGAAUCUUCCGAAAGUCCCCUUUCAAUGAAAUACAAAUACUCUACCAACAAUUUCCACUCAUUUUACAAUGUUAAUCUGUUGAAUCUGAAUUUAUUCGAAGGCAAAAUGCAUUAAAAACUUUUUACAAAUUGUGAUAUAUAUUUCUAAACAUUUCAUUUGACAACUUGAAGUGUGAUGAACAAAAAUCGAAUCAACUCAAAUCGAAAGGAAAUGAAAAAUGAAAAGCAAAUAAUGUACUUUACUCUUUUUUUAGUUAGUCUGUAACGAUUAGUUUUUACAACGCAAUAUUGAGGUCGUACCAUUUGCCAUGUUAAUUUGUAAAAUCGAUUCACCUUAAAGUACUCAGAGCUUAAUGGCUUUUAAUUUUUUUAUUUUGUUCGACAUCGAAUUGCAAGAUUGUGUCCGCGUAACUCUAUUCCGUUUAUUGUUGCCGACACUUGGGGUCGGCCCUUUGAGUUUGCAAUUAUUAUUGAACUAUUUAUAAAGCUAAACUAUUGACUAUUGAGAUAUUAACUAGCAUAAAAUUAGAGCGCAAUAUGUAUGUAAGUCUUGCAGAGAACGUAGACACCCCCUAUAACCGUAUGAAACGAACCUUGUAUUAUAAACACCCCACUACAGAUAGGCUUAAGGACUAGGCUAAAGACAAAUCCCGUAAAUCAGAAUGGAUUAGCACCUAACUAAUGUGAAAUCGAUUCGGUUCGAAGUCGACCGCAGUGUGAGGGACGGGGAUGAACCGAAAUGGUAGUAAUUAGCUAAAGUGUUAGUAAUUUUAUUAAAUAAAAUCAUAAAGGAUGCAAAUGAAGAUAAUUGAAUAAUAAUGGACAAACUCUUAAACCGUACACUUAAGACUACUCACUCAAAUCUGAAUCCGGAUACGUUUAUUUCGAAUUGUAAAGCUAAUACUGUGUAAAGGUUUGAGAAAUUCAAUUUGUAGGUCGGUACACAGAUUAGGUUUUACAAAAAAUUGUAAAAAUUAGCAAACGUAUAUGAAUGAAUGUAUAUGUACUAAAAUUAAGCAGCAUUAUAUUAACCAAAAAGCAUAAAACAAAACGAAAUUAUUAAAUUCAGCAAUGGAAGCGGUAAAUGAGCCAUAAGUGACUGAAUCAAGACAUUUUAAAGGCGAACGGUUGCAAAUACUUAGUCUAAAUCCAACGCGAUUCUGCUUCAGUCUAAGAAGCCCACUACUUCUGUUCUUUAUCUGUAUCAAAAGAUUCCACAAAGGGCAACGCUUAACUUAAUCAAUUAGUUGCCAUUUUGACUAGGUUAUAUGACUAUGAUUGUAAUGAACAGCUUGUAUUCAAUGUGGAAAAUAGUCUUGAAAAUCAGAUAUCGCGGCGAAGGCGUAACGAGAAAUACUAGAUCACGAAUUACGAUUCGAUUGCAAAAACAUUGUAUACACACUACAUACCUACAAUUAUGGCAACCCGAUAUGCAUACAUGAUAAUACAUAAAUAUAUAACUUAUAAAAUUACGAGUAAAAAGCGAUUUCAAUAAAAAUGGAAACAUACA